AUGAGCUCUCACGAUUCACCCUCAGAUGGAGCAAGAGGGGACGCCGUCUGGCAUCCUGCCCAUGAAUGGCUAGAAGAAGACGAUGAGCUGGAUAUGGACUACCAUCCCGCUAUGGAGGGUUCCGACGAGGACGAAGGUUGGGAUGACGACGCCGCACCAGAAGAUGAUGAAAUGGGCCUCGGUGUAUCUGACGACACCCCACAUAUCAAUAUCGGUAAUAUCCAGAUUGAACUCACGACCGACGAUCCGAACGAAGAGCCAGAAGGCGACCAUGGGGGUGAAACUCGCAUUCCAGCUGCGCGCUUGUUUGAAUUACUUGCAUCUAGUGGCCUCCAACAGAUCCUCCAUUCUACUGGGUGGACCGGCAAUAUACCGGAAGGAUUGGAGGACGAAGAAGACGAAGAGGAAAAUGAUAUUAUGGCGACAUGGCGCCGAAACAGGAUGCGGAGGCGUCCUCGAAGGGUUCAGCAAUUUCCGAAGGUCCCGAGUACCGAGGGCACAGAGUUAAUGGGCAAGGGCCAAUUCGGUACCAACCCGUAUUUCGUCGAUCGCCUCAAGAAACGCAAGCGGGGAUUUGCGUCGAAUCUCAUGUGGCGGGAGCUAGGGGUUGAUCCUUACGGCGUUCGCAGACGAGCUGAUUUCGCCUUGGCACAGUCUAGGGUCCUUAUCCCGGGGUCUCCCGCAGACAAGAUUAUUCACUAUGAUUUGCGCAGUUAUUCGGGCCAAUUCUCGGACGACGGGAACUUCUUCUUCUGCUGUGCCCAGGAUUUUAAGGUUCGGAUGUACGACACAUCUAACCCAUAUGAGUGGAAAUAUUAUAAGACUGUCGAGUAUCCAUUUGGUCAAUGGACCAUCACCGACGCGACAUUAAGCCCCGAUAACCGUCACCUCGUCUACAGCUCAAUCCGUAGCCAAGCCUAUUUGGCUUCAACGGACCCAGAGGAUGAUUCCGAUCCCACUGUGUUAGACUUCUCUCUCCCGCCCGGUUCACGAAGGCGGCGGAGCUGGGGAAGUUCACAUUUUGGGAUAUGGUCUCUCCGAUUCUCCGGCGAUGGUCGCGAAGUCGUGGCUGGUACUUCCGAAGAUUCCGUCAUUGUUUACGACCUCGAAACGAAGCAGCCGGUCCUGAAUCUUCGAGACCGACACCAACACCAUGUGAACGCUGUCUGCUAUGGUGAUACCUCAUCCCCGCAUAUCUUGUAUUCCGGAUCAGAUGAUACAACAUUGCGUGUAUGGGAUCGACGGUCCAUGGGCGAUGGCCGCGAAGCAGGAGUCUUUAUGGGCCAUACAGAGGGCCUUACAUACGUCGAUAGCAAAGGCGAUGGUCGAUACGUCCUAUCCAACGGCAAAGAUCAAACUAUGAAACUAUGGGACUUGCGAAAGAUGAUGACGACCGCAAGGUUUGAAACGAUCGAUUGGAGUAACUACACCUCUGGAUUCGACUACCGCUUUGAACCGUACCCCGAUGAAUUUUACGAGCCGCAUGAGCACGACUGUUCUGUUGUGACCUUCCGAGGUCACCGCGUGCUCAAGACUCUGAUUCGAUGCCACUUCUCGCCGCUAGGUAGCUCAAAUUCUCGUUACGUCUACAGCGGUAGUGAAGAUGGCAAGGUUUACGUGUACAACUUGGACGCUACGCUGGCAGGAACAAUUGAUGUGGGAAAGGCGACGGUCAAUUCUCGCCCUCGAGACCGAGAGACAUUUACCACUCCUUCAAUAGAAAUGGGCGGGGAGAUGCUAUGGAGGACUUGCGUUCGGGAUGCGAGCUGGCACCCGAACGCUCCGGUAUUAGCUGCAACUUCAUGGAAUGGAUGGGGCUUGUCCUCGGGCACUUGCACCGUACACUCAUGGAACGACGGAGCCGAGAAAGAUGAAGGCGAGCCACCAAUCGGAAAAAGUUACGAUGACAAAUUGAGGCAUUUGCCUGACUUUGAUGAAUACCGCCAGAAUGCACCCGCACCUCGGACUCGACGAGGGCUGCGCAGUCGGCCUGUGCGGCGCUUAUUCGAGAAUGGUGAUGCUGAUGAGGUGCCGUGGUGA